AUGGCGGAUUAUAACUCGGAUCUUCUCACUGCCAUCUCCUCCUUCCUCCUCGACAGCCCUUAUAACACUACUCACUCUGCUUUUUCUGAGAACUUCACCAGUACUGCCGAUGUCGAUGGCCUAUUUCCGGUCGACAUGAUCUCCGACGAUUACGUAGCCUCGUUUGACAACGUCGUCGACUCAUCAUUGGUGGUAGUCGCCAAAGGGAGCGAGGAAACAGUGGUCCGUGUCGUCAAUGGCCAUGUUUCUCCUUCUACUAAUGAGUUAAUAAACUACAGGGAUGUGAGAGUUGGGUGCAAGAUUGGAUUCAAAAUACAGUGGGAGUUGGAGAAUUUGGACGACGGAUUCAAGUGGAGAAAGUACGGGAAAAAGAGAGUGAAAAACAAUCCAAAUCCAAGGAAUUAUUUCCAUUGCUCGAGCGAGGGCUGUAGAGUGAAGAAGAGAGUGGAGCGAGAUCCAGAAGACCCACGAUUUCUCUUGAUUCUCUACGACGGAGUGCACAACCACUCAAAUUUCAAUUAUCGUCGCUGCUCCAAGUAG